AUGCUUGCCUCCAACGUCCUUGCCCUCGCUCUCGCCGUCGCCGGCGCCUCGGCCGCCCCCAUCGUCAAGCGAUCCAGCGGCCAGGCCACCUACUACGCCGCUGGUCUCGGUGCCUGUGGUUGGACCAACUCUGGCUCCGACUUCAUCGUUGCCAUGAACGCUCCCGAGUGGAACGGCGGUGCCAACUGCGGUAAGAUGAUCACCAUCACCAACAACCAGAACGGCAACACCCAGCAGGCUCAGGUCGUCGACCUUUGCCCCGGCUGCUCGUGGGGCUCGCUCGACAUGUCGACCAGCCUCUUCUCUGCCCUUAACAACGGCAACAUGGACGCCGGUGUCUUCCCCAUCUCGUGGUCGUACGGCUCGGGUGCCCCCGCUCAGCAGAGCAACAACGAGCAGCACCAGCAGCAGCAGCAGCAGCAGGCUACCUCGACCCAGGCUGCUCCCCAGACCACCUACACCCCCUCGUCGACGUGGACCCCUUCGGCCACCGCCACCCCCACCACUGCCACCUACAGCCAGCCCGCUCGCCCCACCGCUGUGACCUCGGCUGCUCCCCAGCCCUCGUCGAGCUCGAACAAGGACACCGUCGUCUCCACCCCCGCCUGGUGGGCUGACGUGAACAACGCUUGCGGUGUUCAGCUCGACCGUGCCUCGCUCCCCGUCGCCAUCUCUUCGUCGUCGCUCCUCGCCGCUGACAAGCUCGGCAACGCUUGCGGCAAGUGGAUCCAGGUCAAGAACAACCAGAACGGCAAGGAGAUCUCCGUUCAGGUCGUCAACUACUACGCCGGCCCCGAGGGCGAGAUUGCUCUCGGUGAGGCUUACAAGCGCAUCGCCAACAACUACGAGUCCCCCGAGACCAUCGAGUCGGUCACCUGGGGCUUCAUCGACGGUCAGGACAUGUAA